UAGGGGUGUGGGGAAUGUUCGUACCCCAGCCGUCCGGAGCCACUUAUUAUUUGUGCUGGACUGUCUGUUUCAGCAGCGCAUCCUCCUCUGUCGACUCUGUGUAAUUUCAGUACGAAGAGUACGAACUUCCUUUAGAGUCCGUGCGUUUUUCACUCCGUCUCAGCGGAAGUUGCCUGAAGUUGGGGGCGGGGGUGCGAUAUGGGAUGAGAGAAAGUGCGGAGGAGCUCGGGGGGAGCCGCAGACCCAGAGCCUGGACCGCGUCGCGCGCUUCACGCCGGGCGGGAGGAAGCGGAGCCCGGUCGGCUGGCUCAUCGGGACGGAGGGAGCCGAGAUGCCAGAUAGGGCGCCUUUAAAAGAUGCAUACAAGCGUCGGCACAUGGAUCUCGGAUCACGGACGCAAGCUGGAUAUUCUAAAUACAAUCACCCUGGAUCAUGCAUUUCCAAGCUUUCGGAAAACGGUGGAUAUAAAGCUUGCGCUCACAGCCCUUUUUAUGGUUUAAUAGCCUGCGUCCUUUUCCGAGCGUAAGUCCAGCGGCUUUUGUGACUCUCUACCUCCGCUCCGUAAAUCAUGUCCCCCGGUGCAGGCUGUGUGUUAAGGCUGUACCAGCAACAACUAAAAGGGGAUCCGGACGCUAUAAGUAAAUGUUAUUUGUAGUUUUAAUAAAAUAAAGCUUGAUUAUGCUUUAGAUACGCGUGUUUUGGGAUGAGGUGAAAUACAGCACGGGUUAAGAAAAACUUCACUUGGAUACGUUUUGAAUGACUUCUAAAGAAAACUGUAGAGAAAAGGGAGAAAAUUAAAAGGAAAAAAAAAUCUGUUUUUUGGAUCAUGGCUGUAGAGUGCAUGGGGCGGGCUGUGGUUUUAUUGCCAUUCCUGGCACUGGGGGCUGCCUUCUCAGGUGUUUUUAAUGGGACAGACAAAGAUGUUUUUAAUGAUGAUUUUGAGCAGUUCAGGCUCAAAGCGAUUGGUGCCACAGAACAGUGGAAGCUCGUGGCAGACGACCUCCACCCCAGCUUGUACUUUGACUGGGCGGAUGUACAGUUACUCCGGCAGCGCUCCACCACCACCCACAGCCACAUUUUUAGAGUGAUUCGCUCAGCGGUCAUCACCAUGCUGUCUAACCCUGCCCUGUACCUGCCCCCGGUUAAGCACAAGGAGUUCACCAGCAAGUGGAACGAGAUCUACGGGAACAAUCUGGCUCCACUGGCGCUGUACUGCCUGCUUUGCCCAGAGGAUGGCGCCGCCCAGCAGUUCCUGCUCAAGUUUAUGGACAGGAUGGCCGAGUACCCAGACUGGAGUGUGACAAGCGCUCCAAAUGAUGAGGUCCCGGUCGCGCACUCCCUCACGGGCUUUGCCACAGCCUAUGACUUCAUAUACUCCACCUUGGACAGGCAGCGACGGGAGCUUUACUUGAAGAAGAUCCGUAGUGUGACUGAGGAGCUCUAUGAACUGUCCAAGUACAGGGGCUGGGGGAAGCAGUUCCUACAGAAUCAUCAGACCACUAAUAUUUUAGCCGUCCUGAUUGGCUCUAUUGUGGCUGGCGAGCACCACGACCCAGAGACCAUGAUUUGGAAGCAGGUCUGUGUGAAUUACAUGGAGAAGACCAUGUUCCUUCUGAACCAUGUUGUGGAUGGGUCCCUGGAUGAAGGUGUGGCCUAUGGAAGCUAUACUGCUAAGUCCAUCACGCAGUAUGUGUUCCUGGCACAGCGCCACUUCAACAUCGACAACACUCAGAACAAUUGGCUCCGUGCACACUACUGGUUCUACUAUGCCACCCUACUGCCAGGCUUUCAGAGGACAGUGGGCAUUGCAGAUUCUAACUACAACUGGUUCUAUGGGCCAGAGAGCCAGCUGGUGUUCUUGGAUGCUUUUGUGUUGCGCAACGGCACUGGGAACUGGCUUGCCCAACAGAUCAGAAAACAUCGGCCUAAAGACGGACCCAUGGGUCAGUCGUCAGCCCAGCGCUGGACUACGCUGCACACAGAGUAUAUCUGGUACGACGCUCACCUUACCCCGAGAGCGCCCCCUGGCUUUGGAAAAGCCGCAAUGCACAUUUUCUCCAACUGGGGUGUGGUGACAUAUGGUGCCGGCAUGCCUGACCUGCAGGGCAACACGUUUGUCUCCUUCAAAUCCGGGAGGCUAGGUGGCAGGGCGGUGUAUGACAUUGUCCAUGCCAAGCCCUACUCCUGGGUUGAGGGUUGGAAUAACUUCAACCCUGGGCAUGAGCACCCAGACCAAAACUCCUUUACUUUUGCUCCAAAUGGCCAAGUAUUUGUGUCCGAGGCUCUGUAUGGACCCAAAUACAGUUACCUGAACAAUGUGCUUGUUUUCGCACCCUCCCCGACGAGCCAGUGCAAUGAACCUUGGGAGGGGCAGUUGGGUGAGUGUGCCAAGUGGCUCCGCUGGGCAGAUGACGAAGUGGGUGACAUGGCUGGUGAGGUCAUAGCCGCCUCAGCGCACCAGGAUGCCAUGUUUGUGAGUGGGGAGGCGGUGUCGGCGUACUCCUCGGCUAUGAAGCUCAAAAGUGUGUACCGGGCCCUCAUUCUGCUCAACUCGCAGACCUUACUGGUGGUGGACCAUGUGGAGAAGUGGGAAGACUCUCCUCUGAAUAUGCUGAGUGCCUUUUUUCACAACCUGGACAUAGAUUUCAAGUACGUCCCUCAUAGAUUCAACGACAGGUUGAACGGGGCCCUGAUGGAUGUGUGGGACGCUCAUUAUAAAAUGUUUUGGUUGGACAGUCAGGGUGCCAGUCCAGCUGGAAGGAUACAGGAAGCCGAGCAGGCGGCGGAAUUUAAGAAACGAUGGACGCAGUUUGUGAAUGUGACGUUCCCCAUGAGCGGUGCAGUCACUAGAAUUGCGUACGUGAUGUAUGGUCCGUACGUCAAAGUUACGAACUGCAGGUUUAUUGACAACAGCAAAAAUGGCCUGACGCUGUCUCUGACAGUUAACGACACAGAGAACAUAGUAUCCAUCGCAACAAACUAUAAAGAUUUAAGUGCCAGGUUGAACUACUUAGGUUUUGGGGGUUAUGCAAAGGCAGAGGAUGGAAAGCGUGUCAUCCGUUUUGGUGUGGGAACUCAGCUCGUAGCUAAACAGAGCAGGGUGGAUCAUGCAGUGUUUAGCAUUGGCUUUAUAGUUACUGUCGUUGUGGGAGUGACACUGUGUGUCGCCAUUGGGUUUUUGGCUUUGCAGAGAAAGUUUUAUAUCUGUUUCAGCAAGCUGAUGCGAUACACCCUGCUGUCGGUGCUCCUGCUGUGGGUUAUCGAGCUUCUCUUUGUUUCUAAUACUUGUGAUCAGCUCCUCUGCGGUGUCAGAUGGAAAGGUGUCUCCGGAUCAGGCCCACCGGGGAGACUCGCAGGCCAGCAGCUGCUUCUGCCCACUGUCGUCAUAACAACGCUGCCGGGCUCUGGGGCAGAAAUCCUUAAGUAUCUUUUUUACAACAGCUCCGACUUCUUCUACAUCAGCGUCCCCACAGAGCACGUUGACAUCCCAGAGAGCGAGUUCGAAUUUGACUCCCUGGUGGACGCCUGUGAGUGGUCAGGGUCUGAUGCUCAGGAUGGACAGUUUAAGGUUCUCCAGGGCUGGUUCCACUCGCUGGUCCACAGCACCAAGCUGCAUCUUCAAAACAUCCAGCUGCAUGAGGUGAGUGGCCGGUUUGCUCAGGCAAGUGGGUUCUCUAAAUACAGGAGGAAGAGAGUGAGCAGGAAGGACUCGCCCGCAGGAUUCAGGGCUCUGGAGAAGGAUGCAGAAUACAUCCGGGAGCUGUGGCAGCACGUGGGCCGUUAUCCGAGCGCCCGUGCUGUCCUCAACCUGAAGAGUGGAAGCUGGUCCCUGAAGUUGCCCUUCGUCCAUGAGGUGAUUGGGCCAUCACUGCGGGUUAUAUACGUGGUGAGGGACCCACGAGCCUGGAUUUAUCUCAUGCUCUAUAACAGCAAGCCCAGCCUGUACACACUCAAGAACAUCCCGCAGCACCUUAGCCUCGUUUUCCGUGAUGAUCAUGGCGGGGAGAGGUGCACGGGCUUCGCCCCGGAGUUCCGGCUCCUGUGGGAGCUUGUCUCCCGCUCGGAGAGCGACCCUGUCCUGCUGCUGGCUCACCUUUGGCUGGCCCACACGGCCGCCACGCUCAGGGUCGUCGGCGGCCUGCCCACCGACGCUCACCUACAGGUCAGGUUCGAGGACAUCGUGCAGUUCCCCGAGGAGACGGCGGGCAGGAUACACACUUUCCUGGAGGUGCCCGUCGCUCCGGCAGCCAUAAACCAGCUCAUGUUCACCACCUCCACAAAUCUGUUCAGCCUGAUGUAUGAGGGAGAUGUAUCUCCAGGCAGCAUCAGCAUGUGGAGGCAGAAGAUGCCUCGCGAUGACAUCCGCCGUAUAGACAGUAUAUGCUGGGUGGUGAUGAAGAGCUUGGGAUAUGCCCGGUUCACAGAUUAAUGCUGCAGGUCAGCAGAGCUUCACUCACUCUUUUGCACUAACGGGGGAUUCUGUUGAAUUUGUACUCAAGUGUAUCCGUGGCCCUAUUUCUAAGGAGUCAUGGGGGCUCAGUCAGAAGCUUAGGUUGCUAGUUGGUUAUGUUCUUUGUGCGCUUUGUGGCUUGCACAGAUUAAGAAAUGUUUUAUAUUAAAAUGUCAAACAGUCUUUACGUAAUAUCUUCCUGGCCACAAUGCCGCCUAAACAUCCAUUUCAGUGUGAUGUCUAGCAGUUACUAGUAAGUCCUACACCUGUUGUCAAUAUACAUUCCAGCUGUGUUUUUCGGAUCUUCUGUACGCCCCCAGACAGUAAUCAUCAAAGUAAAGGUGUAUUUUCUUAUAGUCUCUGCUCAUUCUUAUUUGUUUUUAUACCAUAUAUUUUUGGGAAAAGAUGUAUGUGGUGAAACAAAAAAUAUUGAAAUGUUUACUGAAGCUUGAAUCUGUUAAGUCCGGCUGUGUUUCUUUUGGCUUGUUGUUUAUUUGAUCUAUUUGGUUCUGAUCUGUGUUUCGGGUCUCGGUGAUUAUGCCUGCAGUGUGGCUUUCCUGCCCACCCCAAAGCCACACAGAACCAGAGCUGCUGUUACUUGCCUGCUCCGCCGAGUCUGUCCCGGGAUCUGAAGUAUAAUUCCUGAUUUCGCACUGUUUGUGUCUGCUAGCUUGACAGUGAUGAGGUACGAGUAUAUUUCACGUUGUUGUAAAUUUUACCCUAGUUUUUCGUUCUUUUUCUUUUAAUCAAAUCCCUCUUUAGGUACAAAUGAACUGUGCUUUUUACCUUGAUUAAAAUUACAGGCUCUAAGAUGCAUGGUAAAAUUUCAUAUAUAUACUGUGUGGGAUCUUCGAUGUGAAUGAUGCUCCAGUAGAUUUAAGAUAAUGGAGAUACUCUUCAAAAGUUCAUUUGCUGGCAAUAUGGGGCUUAAGGGAUACCUGCGAAGCUCCUUUAUAUCUGAGCCGGUCCUCUCUGACUCUAACUGUAGUUAGUUUAGUUCCGUAUUGCAGUAAGAGCUUUUGUAGAUGUAGCUGUGUCUGCACUUGUGUUCUCUGUAAAACCUGCCAGUCAUGUGAGGCUGUCCAGUACACAGUGAGCUCUGCACCAACUCACGCCACGCUUUCCCACCCCCUGUCUUACCUCCCCGCCCCCACCAUGUGUUGUUUCUUCACUGUAAAAGUAACCAAAUCUGGGGGACAUACUGCCUUAUUUCACGUCUGCCUCGCUCAUGUCCGGAGCCGCCGAGAGGCCGCAGGGGGAUGGACAACCCAGGAGCUGAGACCUCACUGCUCUGGAAUGUUCUUCUGCUCCUUCUUUCCGAUAGUGGAGGCCCAUCUUUCGGUGUUCCAUCCAGGGAUGUUCAUCGAGGUGCCCGAUCAAUGGAGCUGAUGUCAUUCUGCUCCCAGGUGGUCAGGCUUCUGUGCUGUGGAGUGAAGUCUCUCUCUCUCUCUCUCUCUCUCUCUCUCUCUCUCUCCUUUUAAACAUGGGAAAAUCUGAUGUUGUGAGUGAAAGACAAUAAAAUAAUGUAUACAUUUACUGAAAA